CACUCUGCUCACACGAGCUUCAUGUGUGACCUCCAACACACUCCAUUACCUCCCAGCCAGCAGGUAGUGUGUGUGUCAGCGUGAUUCUCUACACACACACUCCAUUACCUCCCAGCCAGCAGGUAGUGUGUGUGUCAGCGUGAGGUGUUUAAUCAUCAAUUGACACAAUGUCCCCCUGAUCUCCUGCCCCUCUUCUCUCUCUCUCUCUCUCUCUGCUACUCGUUCUCCAUAGUGUCUGCAGCAUUGGUCAGGUCUGGGGUUAGUGAAUCAGUGGUCAGGUCUGGUGUUAGUGUACAGUGUGUCUGAAGUAGUGGUCAGGUCUGUGGUUAGUGAAUCAGUGAUCAGGUCUGGUGUUAGUGAAUCAGUGGUCAGGUCUGGUGUUAGUGAAUCAGUGGUCAGGUCUGGUGUUAGUGUACAGUGUGUCUGAAGUAGUGGUCAGGUCUGGGGUUAGGUAUGUGUGUGUGUUAGGAUUAAGUGUGUGUUAUAGGGUUAGGUGUGUGUUAGGGUUAGGUGAGUGUGAGUGUUAGGUGUGUGUGUGUGUGUGUUAGUGUGAGUGGUCAGUAAUGGCGUCCAACUCCACCACCCAGUUCUUUGCUCUGUCCCAGUCCUUCAGUAUCUCUGACAUCAUCAUCAUCGCUGCAUACUUCCUGCUCAACGUAGCUGUCGGCAUCUGGUCGUCGUGCAGGGUCAGCAGGAACACUCUGAGUGGAUACUUCCUGGCUGGGAGAGACAUGGCCUGGUGGCCGAUCGGAGCCUCUCUGUUUGCCAGUAGCGAGGGCUCUGGUCUGUUCAUCGGUCUGGCUGGAACAGGAGCUGCCGGAGGCAUCGCUGUAGCUGGCUUCGAAUGGAACUCUGGUCAGUGA